GCUACUGCCGCCAAAAUUACCGUAUUGAAGACCUACAUGUCUCUUUCCGCCAGUGCCUACUGUACAUCUGUCUGUCCCGAUGGCCUCUGGACCUGCAGCACCUGUGGAAGUGCGUACACCUUCAUCAAGUCCUUCAAGGGUGGAUCUCUCGAUGCCAAUGGUUACAUUACCAGAAAUGACAAGACUAAAGAAAUUGAAUUGGUAUUCAGAGGCUCUGGAUCCAACGCUAACUGGGUAGCUAAUCUUACUUUCAUCAAGAAAGCCUACCCCCCUGUCUCUGGUGCUAGUGUUCAUACUGGAUUCUACACUGCCUAUAUCCAGAGCCAGGCUACUGUCCUUUCCCUUGUCCGCGCUCAAUUGACAGCCCACCCCAGCUACAGAAUCGUUGUUACUGGACACUCCCUUGGUGGUGCUCUUGCUCCUCUCGCUGCCUUGGAUCUUUAUCAGCGCGACGCCAGAAUUACCAAGUCUAACCUUUUCAUUUACACCUACGGUGCUCCUCGUAUUGGUAACGCCAACUUCGCUUACUAUGUCUCUGCUACUGGCAUUACUUAUGAGCGCACUGUCAACGAUCGUGAUAUUGUUCCCCAUCUUCCCCCUCAAAAGUUCGGCUUCUUGCACGCCGGUAUUGAAUACUGGAUCACCAAUGACAUCUCCGUUGUCAAGAUUUGCAACACUUCCCUUGACUCAAAGAUCUGUGCCAACUCCAUUGUUCCAUUUACCUCGUUCAUGGACCAC